GGCAGGGGGUGUGUAGAAACAUAAGAGAGGUGAAAUUGAUGUGAGAGGUGCCACAUUCAGUGGCCAUCUUCAUCUUCCCCAUCAAACAAAGCCCCUCUUCUCAGUUUGAUAUUGGGCGAUUAAUCUGGCAAAAAUACAUAUCAAAUUUUCUCCUAAUAACAUAGUUGAUCUCAUUAUUUUCCCCACAAAUCAUGAAUGUUUUGCUCCAAAACAUUCAUGAUUUGUGACUUUCUGUACUAGAAACCAAAACAUUUGUCCCUUUCGUUGUAAAUCCAACAAUUCUGAAUCAAUUCAAUCCCCAAGAUUUGAUCAUUGUCUUGGAUAAAGUUGCAAUCUUGGCCAUUGGGUCGAUCUAAAUGGAAUGUCAUUGAUUGAUUGAUUGAUCUCCAAAAGUUCAAUUUAUUGAAGGGCUGCAUGAGACUAAGAAUGGGUGCUUGCUGUACCUGCCAGAGGGUGAAAAAGCCCGAUGGAAAUCGAGGUAAAAAUGCAGAAAACAGGGAGGAGAGGGAGGCUGAAGAAGAACAUGAUGGCAUCGUAGGAAGAGGAGAUUGCGGCGCUCGUAUCAGGGUGCAUGGAUCUACCAGAUUUGUUUCCAUGUAUUCUCAACAAGGCAAAAAGGGUGUCAAUCAAGAUGCCAUGACUGUUUGGGAGCACUUUGGGGGCGAAAAAAAUUCAUUCUUCUGUGGUGUGUUUGACGGCCACGGGCCCAACGGCCACAAAGUGGCGCAAUUCAUUCGCGAUGGGUUACCGUCGAAGCUUUCAGUGGCGUCAAAGGCUACCGGCGACAAGAGCCAUGAUGUUGAGAAGGACAUUCAUCAUCAUCCAAUGUUUCCCAAGUGGAAAUCCAAUUUCCUCCAAUCCUUCAAGGAAAUGGAUGAGAGACUUGAAGGUGAGGAAAUGAUUGACAGCUUCAGCAGUGGCACAACAUCUGUUACUCUAAUCAAGCAGGGUGAACAUUUGAUAAUUGGUAAUCUGGGAGAUUCUCGCGCCAUAAUGUGCACCAGAGACGAUACGGAUCAACUUGUUCCAGAACAACUCACCGUCGACUUAAAGCCUAAUCUUCCGAGUGAAUCUGAACGUAUUAAGAGCUGUAAAGGAAGAGUAAUGGCGACUGCAGAAGAACCAAACGUGUAUAGAGUGUGGAUGCCUGAUCAAGAUUGUCCUGGCCUCGCCAUGGCUAGGGCUUUCGGAGACUUCUGCUUAAAGGACUACGGCAUCAUCUCCGUCCCUGAGAUUUACUACAGAAAGAUUUCCGAGAGAGAUGAAUUUGUUGUUCUAGCUUCCGAUGGUAUAUGGGAUGUACUGAGCAACUAUGAGGUGAUCAAAACUGUGGCGACGGCGAGGAAGAGAUCCAUGGCGGCGCGUCUGGUGGUGGAGCGGGCGGUCCGGACAUGGAAACAGAAGUACCCGCGUUCCAAGACCGACGAUUGUGCAGUGGUGUGCCUCUUCUUCAAACGCCAGAAACCAAUGAUACUGAAAACCGUGUCCCAGGCUCGGCUUAACAUGAGCUUCCCGGAGACCAGCGGCAACGAGGAGAACUCCGCCAUCGUUGAGACCGACGACGGGCUUGACACGCUCCUCAAUUACAAGGGCAAUGAGGACGGAGAGGACGGAGGAGAGCAACCGGAUUCCGCGGGACGCCACCGUCGCAGACCUAGGUAUCAUCCAAUACCGAGCUGAUCUGAGCUAAAAUUUUGAGUAUGUAGAGGCUAUGAAUUUAUUGUCUACAUUAUUUUUGUUCAAAGAGAUGUAAAUGACUUGAGCAAACUAAAGAAAUUGAAAUGUAGAUGCAUAAUCAAGAAUGUCGCGCAAGUUUUCCACAACUGAAUUCAAAGAUUUUUAUUCAUUUAAUUAA